GUUAGCCAGGGUUCGUGCAGAUAACCAAGAAUUUAGGGCGUAAAUGAUUGUCGUUGCAAAACGUUUUGGAACUACUGAUUACACCCCUGUAGUAGGAAUGUAGUUGGGUAGGUUACGAAUGACCUAACCAACCACAUGACCACCCUCUCGGAGGGUACAGGGUAUUUAUGAGGGGAUUGGAGUUUUGAGUUAUAAUAUCUGUAUUACUUAACGUUUAGUUUAGUUUUUGUAUUUGGUUUCUUUCUCCAAAUUGGUUGUUCAUCCAUGAUGUAUGUUUAAUUCACACUAUGGCAUACUGUAUGUUCUAUCUCCCUCCGUCAAGGAGCUGGACAAACUGUUCCACCAGCUCAUGCUACCUCCAUACAUCUUCAGCAUGGCCUGUGGAGGGGCUCUGAUGGUUUAUGCCUGCAUCACUCUAGGUUUAGGGGUCCUGAGAGUCCCUUACCGCUAGACCCCUAUGCUGCUGGGUGAGGCCCUGGUGAACCUCCUGAUCGGCCUGGGCUACAUCCCUGCCCUGGUCUUCUACUUCAUCAAGCUGCAGGAGACCUACGACAAGCCCAUCUGUACGGAGAAGGAAGUGCUCUACAAGAGCAAAGGGCAUCAGGGCUUUGCGUGUGCACUCAAUGGAGCAGACAUCGCUGGAGGCCUCUUCGAGGUGCUUGGAGUCAAUGAUUUCAUCUCGGAAUGGUCUUGGCCAUCCGUGCUUUCAGGGCAGUGUGUGAGAUGAAGAGACCGAGAGCAAUGGAAGAUGGUAACUUAUAACAGGUUUGCUCACCCCCCACUGUGAAUAUAAAGGAUACAAAUGCAGGGUUGAGAUCAAAUUCAG